CCCAGAUCCGAUCGCCAGCGCGCGCGCCGGCCGAUCUGGGGCGGGCUCCGCCUCCGCUCCGCCCGAGGCCCGCCGUUGACGGGGUCCGCGGGUCCGUCGAAUUCUUUUUGGGAAUUUCGCGCGUGCUGUUUCGUUCUAGGCUGGUGGUCUUGUGGCUGGGUCGAGGCGUGGCGGUUGGGUUCGGAUCGGAUCUGCGCGAGCUUGAAUUGGGUUGACCGCUGUGGUUGGCGGCAUGCCGGCGUGGGGUCUGCGCCCGCGCGUCUCUCUGCUCCUCCGUUGGGCAGUUUGUGAGGAGGAUUUGGGUUCGCCUUUGGGUGUUCGGUGAACGAGCUUUGGUGGUUGGCGGCGGAUGGGGGUCUGAGUUCAUCCUGGCCCCAUCGUGGCGCGAGUGGCUGCUUGCUCGUGGAUGAAGCAGCGAGCCUCCUUGCCUUGCUUGGCGUGGAUAGCCUUGGUGAUGGGCCAUUGAUUAUGUCCAGAAGUUUCACGGUGACCUUGGCGAGUUCAAUUGCUUGGACGUGCUGAUGAGGUUUGGCUACGUGAAUUGGGUGUGCGCCUGGGUGAUUGCUUCGCCCGUAUGCUGCUUGGUUGCCUGCCUUGUGCUGGUGCUAGUUGAGCAAUCUUUACUUGUGGAGCAACCAAAAAAUCCGUGGCUUCAUGCUAUGAUUGCGUGAAGCAGUUGAGUGACCAAGGGGUGCAGAGCUUCAGUUGUUUGUAGAGUAGCCAAUAAGGAUGAUAUAGAGUUAAAUCUGCUCAAACAGAAGACCUGGGGCUCAGGUUGUUGGCUAACAAUCCCAUUGCUGCGCUGCAGCCCAUCUGUAGCAAUGGCACAGGAGAGCUGGAAACAGGAGUCCGAGGAGACUGGAGUCCAUGCGCCUGAGGCCCCAAUUCUGUGCAUAAACAACUGUGGUUUCUUCGGCAGCAGCAUGACGAACAAUAUGUGCUCGAAGUGCUACAGGGACUUCAUCAAGUUGAUGGAAGCCCCUGUGGUUGAGAAGAAGGUGAUCACGGUGGCAUCUUCUUCUGCGGCACCAAUGGAGACAGCAAAUCAAGAUGAUGUGCCUGCAGCUGCUGCCGCUGAAGCUGUUGCGGAGAAGCAAGCAGAGCAGGAGCCGCCAAAGCCGCCCAGCAACCGGUGCCUGACCUGCCGCAAGAAGGUUGGGCUGACCGGCUUUCUCUGCCGCUGUGGGGGCACCUUCUGCUCCAUGCACCGCUACACCGACUCCCACCAGUGCACCUUUGACUACAAGAAGGUGGCACGGGAGCAGAUUGCCAAGCAAAAUCCAGUUGUGAUGGCAGAGAAGAUCAACAAGAUAUGAUGCAUGGUCGUGUGCAGGGAUUGCUGAAUUCAUGCCUGAGUUCCUGAGUCCUCAAGUUCACUCCAAACGAUAGGUUCCUUCAGGUGGUGGUCUGGGUUAGCGUGGUAGGGGGUCUCAAUUGUGUCUAUCCUUCUCCUUUAUCAUGGUUUCAUUCUCUCGAUUGUGUAAUAAUGUAAAUAUAUUCAAACUGUAAUUUAAUCAUAUUGCUUCCUACGACGAUUGCUGGGUUUAUCGCUGAUCAUGGCUUUCAA